CAUUUGGACUGAAAUAUAAGAUAAAGACGUCAUGAAUUCUCCUCUACAAUACGUGUUCUUCGUUCUCUUCGCCCUAAAUAGUGAAUCUUUCGCAAAAAUGGUUGAACCCUCGCAAAGUUAUUGUUACUCUUCGGAUAUUAAACCAAACAGAAAUUACGCUACGAAAACAACUUACUUCCAAUCAAUCAACUCCUCAAAUAGUAUUUUAGAAGAGUCGACCAAUGAUUCUAAUUGUACUGUAAAAUUUAUCUAUUAUCUGAGCCGUCAUGGUACUAGGCAUAAUGGAGAUAAAGGUAUACGAGAAUGGCAACAACAUUUACCCAAACUCCGAGAACAUAUUUUAAAAUUUCCCAAUAAAACCCAACUUUGCCAGAAGGAUAUUGAAAUUAUCGCAAAUUGGAGUUUGAGAAUGAAGCCGGAAGAUGAUAAAGAUUUGGUUGAAACCGGCAAAAGAGAACAAAAGUUUAUCGCUCAGGAAAUGAGAAAAAGAUUCCCGGAUUUCUUCGCUCAGAAUGAUUUAUUAGAAGAUUACGAAUUUCGUCAUUCGAAAGAGAAGAGAACCCGUGAUUCGGCUCUAGCCUUUCUCGAAGGCUUGUUUGGUACGUCAAAUAACGUUCAACUCACCAGAUCACCCGAAAAAGAUACUCUCUUACAUUUCUACAAGCAUUGCGAUAAAUAUAUUGAAGAAGUUCAAAAUAAGCCCCGUAUUGAAUAUGAUAAAUUCCUAAAGGGACCCGAGAUGCAGGCAGUCAUAAAAAGAGUGAACGAAAGACUGGCUUUAACAAAUCCAAUUGAAUAUAAAACACUUGAAAGUAUCUAUGAUAAUUGUGUGUUCGAGUAUGGAAUUUAUAAUGAUGCUCCGUGGUGCUCAGUUUUCCAACGGGAAGAUAUAAACAUCAUAGAAUAUGCUGAAGAUAUAAAAUAUUACUGGGAGGAUUCUUAUCCUCAUAAGGUCACUGUGGAACAAACUUGCAAGCUAGUCUCGGAUAUUUGGAAACAUUUACGAAAUGCAAAAGAAAAGAAAGAUAAAAGGAAGAUUGUUGGAAGAUGGGCCCAUUCGGCUACUAUGAAUACACUCUAUACAAGAUUGGGAUUAUAUAAGGAUGAGAAGCAACUACUACAUAACAACUACGAGCAGCAAAAGGAUAGAAGAUGGAGAACAACUUUACACACUCCGAUGAGCUCAAGCAUCGCUUUCGUUUUAUUACAAUGCAAAGAUGAUUUCACGGUUCGAGCUUUUCAUAUGGAAAAAUUGAUUAAACUGGACGGAAUUUGCGCAGAAAAGAAUUGUAAAUGGAGUGAAAUUGAAGGAAAAUUUAAACCUAUAGCGGACAAUUGCAAUUUUGAAGAGAUAUGUAAAGUAUCUAAAGGGGAUUCUUCCGCAAUAGCGACAAAGCCUUUUAUUCAAUUAAUUACCCUAAUGACUUUAAUAUCAAUUUCAUUACGAAUGUUUUUUUAUGUCUAAAAAUGAUAUUAAAACUCCACCUGGUGAGUCCAGAGUUAAGAAAAGCAGAUGUCAUUUUAUUCUUAGAAUAGUUAAUUCUUUUAUCGCAUUUAGAUAAUUAAAUAGAAAAGAAAGAGUUAAAAGAGCUAACAACUCAAGCAUAUUAUAUAUACUAAUAAGAUUAAAUCUUUUGAAUUAUUCUAUAAUAAAGAAAUAUAGGUCGGAUUGUGCAUCAGAGAAAUCGAUCGUCUUAUUGAUUGGUCCAAGUAGAAGCUGUUUUUUUUUGGGAGGAGGCGCAAGGAAGGAGACUAAGUGAGGAGAGAGAGGACGGAAAGCAAAGAGAGACAUGAAGAUAGAGGGGACAGUGUAAGAGAGAAAGAGAGAGAGAGAGCGAAUAGGAUAGAGAUAGAGAAAAAAAAUAAGAGAGAGGGAGUACGAGUGCAGAGGAGGAAGUGGGGAAUAGUAAGAGCGGGGCAAAAAAAAUUGGUAAAAACUAGAACCGUCUGGAAAUUAAAACGGAUAUUAAGGAAAAAGGUCGGUCGAUAACGUAUAACCUUAUGUUGGGGGUUAGAUUGUCAGAAAUGUUUCAACGGCUAAAGUAUAGGUUGUGGUGAAUAUUGGAUGAAUUAAUAAAUGGAAAGAUUAUUGUUCGCCCAUUAUCGGUCUCAACUGACACGUUGUUGACUCUAUUGAUUUUCUUUGCUGAGCUUUCUGUUUGUAGUCGACGCUCUUUUAUACGAGAUGAUUAUAUCGUAUUGUUGUAUUUCGUCAAAUUUUGGUGAGAAACCUUCAUUGUACAUUUUCUUUACUAGCUUUCUUCCGUUUUUUCAAUAGGAAAUGAAUAGUAAAAAAAGUAAAAGAGAAAAAGUGAAAAUCUAGCAAUUUCUCACCCAUUUUCUCUUUUCCUUACUUGCUCUCUUGUCUCUAUUUCUCUCUCUCUCUCUCUCUCUCUCUCACUCUUACCCUCUUUCUUUCGUGCAAAAUCCCAAUUUUAUUACUUUUUCCUUUUCCCCUCAGUAAAUUACUAUUAUACAAAUAAGAAAUAAAAAACUGUAAUAUAUUAAAAUAAACCAAUUACUCAAACUAAAUA